UUUUAUUAUGCUUUGUUGUAAUAACUUGCUUCCACAUUAAUGGUGUAGCAUCAGUUGCCAUGAUAGAAGAGGAGAAACAUGCUUUACUUCAGACCAAAUGUUGGAAUUUUAGCAACAGAGCCCACAACUUGUCAGACCCUUGUCACUGGGAAGGCAUAUCUUGCAAUGAUUUUGGAAGCCUUGUUGAGAUGAAUUAUCAACAGAUGACUACACAAUGCUACCGUCUAGCAGAUUUUAAUUUCACUGCAUUUCCCAAUCUAGAACGUCUCACACUUUCUGAAAGGGGUUUGAUAGAUACCAUUCCAAGUCAGAUAGGAUCUCUUCAUAAACUUAUCCAUCUAAACUUAUCUUUUAACAAUCUUACUGGGAUUAUUCCAUCCCAAAUAGGAGCUCUUCAAAAGCUCACUUAUUUGGAUUUAUUUGACAACAGUCUUAUUGGGAUCAUUCCAACACAGAUAGGAUAUCUUCAAAAUCUCACUUAUCUGGACUUGUCUUAUAACAGUCUUACUGGGAUCAUUCCAUCACAGAUAGGAUCUCUACAUAAUCUGAUUGAACUACGCUUGUAUUUCAACAGUCUUACCGGGAUUAUUCCAUGCCAAAUAGGAGCUGUUCAAAAUCUCACUUAUCUGGACAUAUCUUUCAACAGUCUUACUGUGAUUAUUCCAUCCCAAAUAGGAGCUCUUCAAAAUCUCACUUAUCUGGACAUAUCUUCCAACAGUCUUACUGGGAGCAUUCCAUCACAGAUAGGAUCUCUCCAUAAUCUGAUUGAACUACGCUUGCAUUCCAAUAGUCUUACCGGGAGCAUUCCAUCACAGAUAGGAUCUCUUCAUAAUCUGAUUGAGCUAGACUUGUCUUGUAAUUGUCUUACUAAUCCCGUUCCAACUCAAAUAGAAGAUCUUCUACAACUCACAUAUCUAAACUUGUCUUACAACAAUAUUGUUUCAAGGAAUGAGCAUGCAUUGCUUCAAAGAAAAUGGUGGAACUUAAGCAAUGGUGGCUCCCACUACUAUUGUGACUGGGAUGGCAUACCAUGCGAUGGCUUAGGAAGAGUUAUCUUAAUUAACCAACCAAGAAUCUAUUCACAGCAUCCUCAACUAGUAGAUCUCAACUUCACUGAAUUAGAAAGACUAAAAUACUUAAAUAUUUCUAGAAUGGGGAUAACAGGUACCAUUCCAACUCACAUAGGAGGUCUUCAAAAUCUUAAUUAUUUGGACUUGUCUUGCAACAACCUUACAGGUAUCAUUCCAACUCAUAUAGCAGGCCUUCAAAAUCUCAAUUAUUUGGACUUGUCUUGCAACAACUUUUCAGGUGGUAUCCCUUCUUUGAUUUUCAAUUUGAGAGAUUUACAACAUUUUGAUGUUUCUCAAAAUCAAUUAAGUGGUGGUGUUCCAGAAAAAUUAGAAAAUUUCAACAAUCACUUUCAUGUAGAUGUCUCCCAAAAUAAUUUGAAUGGAAAUGUACCAGACAUUUUGAAUGAUUACUUACAUGUUGAUGGUAACUUUAGUCACAACAAAUUCAAUGGAAUAUUACCAUCUAGUAUAUGCAGUGAGCCACCAUCAUGUAGCAUUGACUUAAGCUACAACAGUAUCUCUGGUAGCAUACCUGGAGAAUUUGGUAGACUACAAUACAUCAACUUGUCAUACAAUCUUCUUAGCGGCUAUGUUCCAAGUGAAGUUUAUAGCUCUUUUCCUCAUGACAUUUUAAAUGGUAAUAGAGAAUUACUUACGCCAGAGAAGAUACAUAAAGGCUCAAAGUCUUGGCUGAAAAUCAUUAUUCCUUUGACAAUUUUUCUUGUCAUCACAUUUGUUGUGGGUUUUAUCUUAUUUGAAUCAUUCAAAAAGCACAAGAAAUCCAUAAGUAAGGCAAGAGAAGCAAAAAAUGGGGAUUUGUUUUUCAUAUGGAAUUAUGAUGGAAAAAUUGCAUAUGAAGAUAUCAUUGAAGCAACAGAGGACUUUGACAUCAAAUAUUGUAUCGGAACUGGUGCUUAUAGAAGUGUUUAUAGGGCACAACUUCCAAGUGGCAAAAUCAUAGCAUUGAAAAAACUCCAUAGAAGAGAAUAUGGAAACACAUUUUUGGCCAAGAGUUUUCACAAUGAAGUGAAGAUGUUGAGUGAAAUUCGACAUCGCAAUAUAGUAAAGCUUCAUGGUUUUUGUUUGCAUAAUCAAUGCAUGUUUCUCAUAUAUGAAUACAUGGAAAGAGGAAGCCUUUUUUAUGUGUUGAAUUAUGAUGAUGAAGCUAAGGAGUUGAAUUGGAGUAAGAGAGUGAAUGCCAUUAAAGGAAUAACAAAUGCUUUGUUGUAUAUGCAUCAUCACUGUGCUCCUUCAAUUAUCCACCGAGACAUAACAAGCAAUAAUAUAUUGUUGAACUCAAAGAUGGAAGCUUUUUUAUCAGACUUUGGCACAGCUAGGAUCAUUGAUCCAGAUACAUCUAAUCAGACUCUUUUAGUUGGUACUUAUGGUUAUGUUGCUCCAGAGCUUGCAUACACCUUAGUUGUUACUGAAAAAUGCGAUGUUUAUAGUUUCGGGGUGGUGACAUUAGAAACCAUUAUGGGAAGACAUCCUGGAGAUUUGAUAUUAUCUUUGUCAAAGACCUGUACAAGAAGCAUUUUGCUUAAGGAUAUUUUAGACUCACGUCUCCCUUUGCCAUCACAGAAAGAUGCAAGAGAUAUAACUCUUUUGGUGACAAUAGCAUUAGCAUGCUUGAACCCAUCUCCCAAAUCUCGACCAUCAAUGCAACAGGUGUCUCAAAGGCUUUUAUCUUCCAGCCUUCCAUUAGCAAUUCCUUUCAAUAAUAUCUCAAUCCAACAUUUAGCGAAUGAAGAUAUGCCAAUAAUGUAAUAAAAAGCUUGGAGAUUUGGCUCAUUGUUUGCUUUGUACCUCAUAUGAAACUUUUAACGACUUGCUUCAAAGUCUAGAUUUGAAAUAUGCCAUAUGUUUAAUUUGUUGCA